AUAUUUACAAAAACUCAUUUUCAUUAUUAUUUUGUAAAUUUUGGUGCAGGAUCAUUCACAUUGAACAUUCAUGUUGAUUGUGGACAUUAUUCUGACAUUUCUCGUUUAUGGUAUUUGUGUAGUAAUGGACGAAAAGUUAAUAUAUCAAGGUACCUUUCGCUGAUUUGUCGAAAAUUGAAACAGUCUUGACUUAUUUCGCAAUAAAUUUAUGUUUUAGUGUUUUAAUAUUAAUUUCAGUGAAAAAUAAACCUUAUUUACAUCACUAGAUCGAGCUCCUUUUCUCAUUACUUGGAAAGGAACAACACAAAACUGCAAUCCAAUGAUCAUUAGUUAGCGCCUACAGAAAGCUCCUUCAAAAUAAUUCAAGGAAACUUCUCAGAUGAACUUGAAUUUUGCUUUUGAAACCGCUGUACCAAGACAAAGUAAUCCCAAAACCCCGAACAAGAUGAAACGGCAACGGGAAGAUAUGCAGGUCAAUGUGGCCGGCCUGAGGAGGAACAUUAAAAAUCUUGCUCAUAAUUAUUCGGAUGCUCAGGUGAAAGUAAGGGAAGCGACCAGCAAUGAUCCGUGGGGCCCUAACAGUACUCUGAUGUCGGAGAUUGCUGACCUAACCUACAAUGUAGUCGCAUUUACAGAAAUCAUGCAGAUGAUUUGGAAAAGACUGAACGAUCAUGGAAAAAAUUGGCGACACGUGUAUAAAGCUUUAGUUCUUCUAGAAUACCUUAUCAAGACAGGUUCGGAAAAGGUAGCGACUCAGUGUAAGGAGAACAUUUUCGCAAUCCAAACUCUGAGAGAUUUCCAAUACCUUGAUGAGAACAAGGAUCAUGGCAUGAACGUUAGAGAAAAGGCGAAUAAGCUGGCGUCACUUUUACGAGACGAUGAUCGGCUCAAGAACGAACGGACGAAGGCGCUUAAAGCCAAAGAACGAUUCGCUCAGACCGCUUCUGCGUUCGGAAGUGAUACGGGCUUGGAUUCAAUGUCACCAUCCAGUCCUAGUUUUCCAGGGCAAUUCAGAGACUCGUGGCGAACUCCAUCAUGUGAUUCAGAUAGUACACCAACCAGAGCAGGUGCAGCGGGUGAGCUAGAGUGCGCGCGGCCGCAGACAGUGGGUGAGGAGGAGUUGCAGCUGCAGCUGGCUCUGGCCAUGUCCCGUGAGGAGGCAGAGCAGGAGGAGCAGAAGCGGCGCAGCGAUGAUGUCAGGCUGCAGCUGGCUCUCUCCCAGUCUGAGAACGAGUUCAAGCAAAAGAAAGAUAGUCCAUCUCACAUGCUGGAUCUGCUGGAUGUUUCGAUUGGUGCUCCUUCUCCCCCUCCCUCCUCGGCAGUGGACCCGUGGGGGAUGCCGGCUGCACCCCCUCCUCCUCCACCACCCUCUCAUCCUCCUAGACCUCAGACUCUGGACAUCAUGUAUUCCAAUUGGGAUCUGACUGAUCCAUGGAGCCUCUCGACUGGAACGGGUGCUAGUACAGUGUCCAGUGCAGCUGAUCCCUGGGCUCCCGUGUCUUCUCCAGCUCAAACAAUCCAGAAAACUCCAGUCAUGGCCGGUGCCGGUAACGAUCCGUGGCGAGCAGUGUCGCCGGCUGCAGCCAGACCUGCCGUGACGAGUGACCCGUGGUCGCCGGCAUCAGUGACCGACAUGAGUCCCUCUCACUCGCUCACCUCCCCCACCCCGACACCCACACAGGCCCACUCCGACCUCGACGAGUUCGACUUCAUCUCCAAACGAACUGUCAACAAUGCUAACUCACUCAACAACAAUCGCACUGAUUCGACGAGUCCCGAUCCGUUUGAUUUGAGCGGCCUGGGUGAUACGCUAUCCACAACAAAUUCUGCGCCCAAGAAGACGCCCCACAGUUUUCUCGGCGAGAAUUCCGGUCUAGUGAAUUUGGACAAUCUUGUUACGAAGCCUGUAUCGCCACCAAACCAGCCUAUUCAUCCUGUUCCUGCAGCUGCAUUAGCGAAUCCGUUUUCGAUGGUGGGCGGAGGAGGGGGGCAGACAACACAGCCUCUCUUCCCCCCCGGCUACACCCCCUCCAACAGCACGGGGCAACUACAGCAGCCUCUCAUGCCGCAGCCCAAUCCCUUUCUAUCGUAGGAGCCACACACAGGUUACAGGCUUUCUGGCGAAAUGCAAUACUGCUCAGUAGUGCUGAAAAAAUACUGAGUUCGGUUGUUAUGCAAAGUUUGCAGAAGAACUGCGAAACUGCUAAACUACUACCAACCUCCACUACAACACUGCUCACUAAUUCUCUGUUAGAUUGGCAACACUGCAGCACAUUGAAUUGACUCGCAUGUGUAGAAAAUGAGUGCUCACUGUCCGAAAUUCGUUUGCCUUUUGUAUAUCUGUUGUUAUUAUUGUUUAUAUAGGGAUAUAUACAUUAGUCACUACUAAUUUCAUACAACAUACAUGAUAAUAUUAUCUCAAAAUAUAUUUUACUAUUUGAAAAAUUCUGAUAUUAAAGUAUUAUAAACGUUUCAUUCAACAUGUUUUAAGUGUAAGUGAAGAAUCAAUUUAUUUAUUAUUUAUUAGCAUUAUUAUCGACUUGUUAUUAUAAAUAAACAUCUAUUCGAAUUGAAUUGAAAAAUAUUCAAUCAUAAACUGUAAAAUCAAUGAUUUUAUAUAGGCUUUAAUUUAUUUCUACCAUUGUCGCAGUAAAUUAGAAAUGCAAUUUAUACUAACUGUAGUUCAGUUUGUCAAUUCUUCCUUUUGAAUUGGCAGCUUUACAAUAAUAUGAAAAUUCAUAGUCUCCUGGAGAAUUCUCCCAAAUAACAUUCUUCAGAUUAGGCUUCUGUAUUAAUCAAUUCUCUCUAACAAUAAACUUUUUAUUUAUUCACUACAGACUAUUCCCACUUUGAAAACACUGUAAAUUAAUUCAAGUAGCAAUGAAGCUCAGUUCUAAAAUGUUUUGUUCUACCUUGAAAUAUAAAUAUGAAGUGGCAAAGAAAACAAAAAUAUUCUAUUUUGUCAAAAUUAUUUCAAUUCUAGGGACAAUAUCGAGUAAAUCCGAUAACAAUUCAAUUGGUUUUGUGUUUUUAUUUUGUGUUGGUUCUCAUCUUGAAUAAAAUUCUUGAUGCGUUGAGAAUUGUUAAAUUAACUUUCGUUUUUAUUUCAAUACUUUCAUUUUUCUCAAUAAUUUCGUGUUUAUGUAGUCAAUAAACAACUUUGGGAAAUCUUGUGUCAAAUUCUAAGAUAUGAAAUAUUUCAAUUCAUGAUCGAAAAAAACUUUUCCACUUCCGGACGUUACUCAUUUGAAAAAAAACUUGACGAAAUAGAGCAUUCAACAAAGGUUGUGAAAUCCCUAUUCUUGAAGCUAAAACCCUAUAUUUCAGGUUUGGUAAUGGUAAUCUUCAUUCAUUUCUCCUCAAACGUAAUCCAUCUUAUUUAUUUGUGUAUAUAAUUUUCUUUAAAUACUCGUUAUUGAUUAACGAUUAUAAUAUAUUAUGAAUUUUAUUAUGUAUAUUAUGUUGAACUGAUGAUAUUAUUAGUAUGUUUGGAGAAUAGAUACAUUCAUUUUAUUGGGAAAUGUAUUCAUCAACUGAUUGAUGUGGUCUGAAAUAAAUUAUUUUUGUAUCGAUUUCGUUAAUGAGGACUCAAGUCACCGUUGCACUUGUUAUCCUAUUAUGUGCAGGGUGGACCUAUUUUAUUGGAAUUGGAUUUCGAAUUCCUGAUCUGAAAGUCAGGUAUUCAUAUUCACACGUUUUAAUGUUCAUUGAAUUCAGAAAAACAACAUGAAAAUCCCCAGUUGUUAGCCCAAACUGUUCCAGAGUUUAGACUCGAAUUAGAGCUACAUUAAUACAAUAAAACACUGGUUGUUUCAAGUUGUGUGAAUUAAUUUUGGUGGUAAAUUACCGAGAAAAAUGUCAUACUUUAUGUUCACAUGUAUUAUUCAGAAACAAAUCAGUCAAACAAAAAAUACUCAUCAUCGAUUGAUAUUAAUUGGAAUGCCACUUUUGCUUUUAACUGAUGAAGAAAAUGGGGAUCAUGUGUAUGUUACUAUUAAAUUUUCCUACUAUAAUUAUUUUUGUUGUAGUGACAUGAUUCCUUAUCUCCAGUCAGAGUACAAAAUAUAACCUGCAUUGAUUGUAUCAUCUAUUUAAACUCUUGUAAAUUUUAUUUUCAUUAAUGAAAUAUUAUGUCAUUGUAAAUAAGAGAACUUCAUAGAAAACUACGGGAUUAUUUUCUUCUAGGUGAUUAUUCCAGGUGAUUGGAAAUAUCUAUUGAGUAUUACUUUAUUAUUAUAUUAAAUCAAUUAUAUAAUUUUUAUUUAUGGAAAACUAAAGCAUACAUUCAUAACUAAUAAAAUUUACUUUAAAUAAUUUCAUUUUAUGUCUUUAACAUAGUAGAGCAUCUAUAAUUUCAUUGUUAUGUUUAUUGUUUUCAGUGUAAUAAAUUUAUUAUUAAAUUAUUUCAAUUGA